CUCUCGCUUUAGUGCGGUCGUCAGUUUCGUGUUUGCUCGUCAUUGCACAGUGAUUGUGGAAGUAAUGUGACGCCGAAUACGUCAGGCGAACCUCGAAAUGGUGACAAAAUGUUUUCUGUGCGGACAAUGCAUCGAAGACGCGCAAGGAAUAUCAUUCUACACAUUUCCCGAAGAUGGGGAUCAUCGGAAAAGGUGGCUGGAGGCGAUCGGAAAAACUGAUGCGGAAGUUCCCGUUCACUCGAGACUGUGCUCGCGUCAUUUCCCGCAAGACUGCUUCACCGACUCGAUUCUGAUGGAUGACGCUACUCCGAUCUUGCAAUUGGAGCCGACUUACUUCAAUUUGAUUACGGACACCAGUGAGGAGAAGAAGGAAGAGCAGAAAGAGGAGGAGCAGGAGGAGAAAGAACCGGAAACCGAGCCAUUACGUUCGUCGUCGCAGUGCGUGUCUACAGUGAUGCGGCCGACUAUUCGAAAAGGACGACGGAUCCACAUGCUGUCGGACGAGGAGAUGAAGGAGAUGCAGCCGAUCAAGUACGUGCGCUACCUGAAAAAUGUCAAUUGGGACGAGAUUUCGAAGGUGCCGGAGGAGGCGAAAAUUGUCUGGGAAGUGGCGACGGAGGAACUGAAGGAGGAUAACGAUAAGAUCAGGCGUUUGCAGGCGCACGUUCGCCAGCUCAAUACUACCAUUCAGGGACUGAAAACCGUACUGAAAGCGAACAGGAAGAGCGGCCGCCGCGGAUGUUUAUGCUUAAACGCAUAAGCAACAUUUAUACACCUGCAAAUUAAGUAAUUAUAAAUCUUGUCUACACUAAAUCUUUGUUAAUGUGUAAAUUUUCUGCAUUGUCAUUCAGAAUUAUUGUACACAUUACUGUCUUAAUAACUUAUUUUCGAGAAUAAUAAAUUUAAAGUUUUGUGCAUAUCUACAAUACAUUUUUAAAAAGGUAAGAAAAGGAAGAAUUCUGUUCGAAUGUACGAAGCGAAAAUAUUAAAGAGAAUGAUCUCGUGCCAUAUUCCA